AUGGCGUUCGACAGCAGUAUCUUUGAAGAAUACACCAAGUGGGUCGUCACUGAAAUCGAGCCCGGUUUCAUACACGUCCAGUAUAACAACCCCAAGACCCUUAAUGCGUUCAUGGAGGAAGACUGGAGGGCAUACCAUCAUAUCCUCGAGUGGUUAGAUUCUGAUCCGGGCACCAACAUCAUUUUGAUUUCUUCAAAGGUAGAAAAGGCAUUCUCCAGUGGCUUGAAUUUGAAGGCUGCUUUGGGCUUAAUGGAAGGCAAGGACGAUUGGACAUUUGAGAACAAGAAGAAGUUUAUGUACAAACACAUCAAGGACUUCCAAGAUGCUAUCGCCAUGCCAGCUAGAAUGAGAACACCUACCAUUGCACUUUUGAACGGUGUUUCUUAUGGUUUGGCAUUGGACAUUGCCUCUGCCUGUACCAUAAGGCUAGCGGUGGAGGGCGUGAAAAUGUCCAUCAGAGAGAUCAAGAUUGGAAUUGUUGCCGAUAUGGGCUCCUUGCAGAGAAUGACAAACUUAGUCAACAACAAAUCCAAGAUGAACCAAUUAGCUUUGACUGGUGACGUUUUCGGUGCGAAAGAGGCCUACGAGUUGGGCUUUGUCUCUGAAGUCGUUCCUGACUUAAAAAGCGGUGUUGAGCGCUGCAUUGCUUUGGGCAAACUGAUAAAUGGCAAUCCCCAGUGGGCUAUUAAGGGAACGAAGGAUUGCAUCCAGUAUAUGGUCAAUGGUGGGUCUCACGAAGAAGGCUUGGCUCAAAUAGCCGAGUACAACGCUGUACACCUUGUAGGCGGCAUCUCUGCCGGUAUGCCUUCGAAGCUCUAG